AUGGAAGCUUUGCAUUUAUUGCUGUUCCAAAAUCAAUUAUGCACAGAAAUUUUUGAAAACUUUGAAGAGACACCAGUAGCAUCUGGGAGUAUUGCUCAAGUGCAUCGGGCUACUUUGAAAUUUCGAUACCCUGGUCAACGGGUGAAGCCCAUAGUAGUUGCAGUUAAGGUUAGACAUCCUGGUGUUGGUGAAUCAAUUAGGAGAGAUUUUGUAAUAAUCAAUUUAGUAGCAAAAAUGUCAAAGUUCAUUCCUGCUUUAAAGUGGUGGAGAUUGGAUGAAAGUGUACAACAGUUUUCAGUUUUUAUGAUGUCUCAAGUUGACCUUGCAAGGGAAGCUGCCAAUUUGAGCCGCUUUACUUAUAAUUUUCGUAGAUGGAAGGAUGUCUCUUUCCCAAAGCCUUUGUAUCCACUUGUGCAUCCUGCUGUGGACAACUUUAUACAUGCAGACAUGCAUCCUGGGAACAUACUUGUUUGGGUGGCUCAGAACAAGCCUUCUCGGAAGCGACUGUUUAAAUCAAAGCCUCAUGUCAUUUUCCUUGAUGUAGGCAUGACUGCUGAACUUUCUAGAAGUGACAGAGUGAAUUUACUUGAAUGUUUCAAGGCUUUUGCACGUCAUGAUGGGCGCACUGCUGCUGAGUGCACACUAGGACUCUCUAAGCAACAGAAUUGCCCAAAUCCAAAGGCUUUCAUUGAGGUAUAA